AAAAAGGCUGAUUUGGAUUCUACUUCUGCAGAUAUGAGGGAUGCUAAAGAGGGUCAUAAAGAGGAAGAUGAAACACCCUCUGUUUCUGCUGUACUGUCCCUGGAGCAAACAGCUGUGAUUCAGGAGAUGGUAAAUCAGGAUGUACUUCCAAAGCUCAUGAUCCCCAGUCCUACCAGUGAACCACAAAUAGUGACUGAAGACAAGCAAGGAGAAAUAAUAAACUGUGCAUCAGAUGAUUUGGAUGAUGAUGAAGAGGAGGAUGAUGAAGAGGAAGAAGAUGAAGAGGAGAUAGAAGAUACCAAUAUGCCUAAAGACAACUCUGAAAUGCCUUUGAUAUGUGAAGAAAAGUUAGAGUCUGUGGAAGAGCAGAAGAGUCUGUCAGAAGAAUCUCCAGAAAGCUCUCCAAAGAAAAAGCUUGUUGUGAAAAUUCCAAAAGCUAGAGGUGAAUCCAAUGGUGAUGUUCAGGAAACAUUCAUGUUUCCCUGUCAGCACUGUGAGAGGAAGUUCACAACAAAGCAAGGCCUGGAACGCCACAUGCACAUCCACAUAUCUACUAUCAACCAUGCUUUCAAGUGUCGGUACUGCGGGAAAGCCUUUGGCACUCAAAUCAACAGGCGAAGGCACGAGCGACGCCACGAGUCAGGGCUGAAAAGAAAACCCUUCCUAACACUAACAUCAUCACAACACUUGGAUAAUGUUGGUGAUAACCAAAUAAUUGUGGAUGAUGGUCUUAAAGAUGACCUGAACGUUUCAAGUCUGGUGCAAGACUCUGUUGUCUUGGAUUCGGAGAAAGUUUCCCAAGAGUUGUCCAACUCUGCUUUUGCUGAGGAAAAUAAGGAGCCCAAAGAAUUGCAUCCCUGCAAAUACUGCAAAAAGGUUUUUGGAACUCACACCAACAUGAGGAGGCACCAGCGCAGGGUUCAUGAGCGCCAUCUUAUUCCCAAAGGUGUCAGAAGAAAAGGAUUCUUCACUGAAGAGCCACCGCUUCAGAUAGAGCAGGCCUCAGCAGUCCAGAGCGUGUAUAUAGCAAGCACAGAGAUAGAAGAGGAAGGGGAAGUAGAUGAUGUCUAUAUUAUGGAUAUUUCCAGCAAUAUCUCUGAAAAUUUAAAUUAUUACAUUGAUGGUAAAAUUCAGUCCAACAGCAGCACUAGCAACUGUGAUGUGAUUCAGAUGGAGUCCAACUCUGCAGACUUGUAUGGGCUAAAUUGUAUAAUCAGCCCAGUCACAGUGGAGAUUGCCCCAAAUUUAAAGGUUACGCAAACACAUGUGAAUGAACCUCCUAAGGAACCCUCCAGCAGCGGGAGCAAUGAAUCCAAAAAGAGGAGAACUGCCAGCCCUCCUCUUGUACCAAAAAUAAAAACUGAAAUAGACCCAGAACCUAUAACUCCUACUAGUUCUUUAAAUCUUCCUCUUAGCAUUUCAACAGAAAGUUUGCCUUUCAAUAAAGAGAAAGGGGUUUAUUUGUCAUCCAAAUUAAAACAGCUUCUUCAGACACAGGACAGUAAGAAGAUAACUCAAUCAAGUGAAAUCCCUAAACUAGGGCCUUCUGUUACAUCAUCACCUAUUUUGCCUCCAGUAUCAGGUAGAUUUAAAAGAAGGACCAGCUCUCCUCCUAGUUCUCCACAGCACAGUCCAGUACUUCGAGACCUUAAAUCAGGUGAGGGAAAAACUGUAUGGAAUGAUAAUAUUCGGAGUUCAAAAAUGCCAAAGUUAGAAACCCACAGCAACUCACCUGCUUGGAGCUUGACUGGACGGGAGGAGAAAGAGUCUCUGAGCCCUCAUUGCUUUGAAGACUACAAAAUCUCGAAAGAAUGGACAGCAGCUCCAGCUUUUGGUAGUGUGUGCAACCAGCAGCCGCUGGAUUUAUCCAGUGGUGUGAAACAAAGGUCUGACAUCAAAAACAAGAAUCAGGUUCCUUGGGAAUCUGUCUUAGAUCUAAGUGUGCAUAAGAAGCCUGGCAGCGAUGCUGAAAUUAGGGACUAUAAAGAAAAUUCCAUACAGCCAACCUGUAGUGGUGUUAAAAAGAAGAAACCAACCACCUGCAUGUUGCAGAAGGUCCUGCUCAAUGAGUAUAACGGGAUGGAUGCAGCCACGGACAGCACGCUCAGUGUGAGCACGAGCGUGAGCCCGAGCAAAGCCCUGGAGCCUCAGGCAGAACCUGAUGUGGAUCCCAGUCUGUCUGCAUCAUCUUCUGUUGACGCUCAGCCCCUCAGUUCUUCUGCUUCCCCUGUGUCACAGGCAUCUGCUGUACCUCCCGUGUGCCAGCUGCCUCCUUUGUUAACACCAACCAAUCCUCCUUCCCCGCCUCCCUGCCCGCCUGUGCUGACAGUUGCUACAUCACCACCUCCCCUCCUUCCACCAAUGCCCUUACCAACUCCAGAUGUCUCUGCCAGUGCCACUAACACUUCGUCCUGUCCGUCACCACUUUCUAACACUACCACCCAGUCCCCUCUCCCAGUUCUCUCACCUACGGUUUCUCCUUCUCCGUCCCCUGUUCCUUCUGUUGAACCUCUUGUUUCUGCUGCUUCACCCGGUCCUCCCACGCUCUCUUCCUCAUCUUCUUCCUCCUCUUCCUCUUCUUCUUUCUCCUCCUCUUCAUCUUCCUCGUCUCCCUCUCCACCUCCUCUUUCUGUGGUUUCUUCUGUUGUUUCCUCUGCUGAUAAUCUUGAAAAUACUCUCCCGAUGAUAAAACAGGAAGAAGCUGAAACUGAACAGCAGAAAGCAAGAGAAGAUCCUCAUACUUCAAGUGAAACGGGAGGAGUAGUGCAGGAAACGUUCAACAAAAGCUUUGUGUGCAAUGUCUGCGAAUCACCUUUUCUUUCCAUUAAAGACCUAACCAAGCAUUUAUCCAUUCACGCUGAAGAAUGGCCCUUCAAAUGUGAAUUCUGUGUACAGCUUUUUAGGGAUAAAACAGACUUGUCAGAACACCGCUUUCUGCUUCACGGAGUAGGAAAUAUCUUUGUUUGCUCGGUCUGUAAAAAGGAGUUUGCUUUUUUGUGCAAUCUGCAGCAGCAUCAGCGAGAUCUCCAUCCAGACAAAGAGUGCACACAUCACGAGUUUGAAAGUGGGACUUUGAGACCCCAGAAUUUUACUGACCCCAGUAAGGCGAACGUGGAGCACAUGCAGAGCCUACCGGAGGAUUCCUUGGAACCCUCUAAAGAGGAGGAAGAUGAAGAUCUAAAUGAUUCCUCCGAGGAGCUUUAUACUACUAUAAAAAUAAUGGCUUCUGGAGUAAAAUCUAAAGAUCCAGAUGUUCGUAUGGGCCUCAACCAACACUACCCGAGCUUUAAACCACCUCCGUUUCAGUAUCACCAUCGUAAUCCUAUGGGUAUUGGAGUUACUGCCACGAACUUCACUACCCACAAUAUUCCACAGACUUUUACCACUGCCAUUCGAUGCACAAAAUGUGGGAAGAGUGUGGAUAACAUGCCUGAGUUACACAAACACAUCCUGGCCUGUGCUUCUGCCAGUGAUAAAAAGAGAUACACGCCUAAAAAAAAUCCAGUGCCACUGAAACAGACAGUACAGCCUAAGAAUGGCAUGGUGGUUCUAGCUGGCCCUGGAAAGAAUGCCUUCAGAAGAAUGGGUCAGCCUAAAAGACUCAAUUUUAAUGUUGAGAUUAGCAAAAUGUCCUCAAAUAAACUAAAAAUAAGUGCAUUGAAAAAGAAAAACCAGCUCGUCCAGAAAGCUAUCUUGCAAAAAAAGAAAUCUGCCCAGCAGAAGGCAGAGCUGAAAAAUCAUCCAUCCGAGUCAGACUCUCACAUCUGCCCCUACUGUAACAGAGAGUUUACUUACAUUGGGAGUUUGAACAAGCAUGCCUCGUACAGCUGUCCCAAAAAGCCCAUCUCUCCCUCCUCUAAAAAGAAUUCCAAAAAAAGUGCAAAUUCUUCCCCUGCAAGCAGUGAGAAAGGCAGCAACCAGCGCAGGCGGACGGCGGAUGCAGAAAUCAAAAUGCAGGGCAUGCAGCCUCACUUGGGCAAGACUAGAGCACGCACCUCAGGACCCACACAAAUCCAGCUCCCCUCUGCGUCCUUCAGAUCCAAACAAAAUGUUAAAUUUGGGCCUUCCAUGCGAUCCAAAAAGCCAAACUCUUCAUCCCUGAGGAACUCUAGUCCUGUAAGAGUGUCCAAAAUGUCCCACGUUGAGGGGAAAAAAGCUAAGAUGGUGGCUAAGAACAGUUCUGCUGGAAUCUCCAGCAAAGCCUCCCGGAAACUGCACGUCAGGAUACAAAGGAAUAAUAAAGCUGUUUUGCCAAGCAAGUCUGCUGUGGCAACUAAGAAAAAGGCAGACAGGUUCGCUGUGAAGUCCAGAGAGAGGAUUGGGGGACCUAUCACACGGAGCCUCCAGCAGGCAGCAAACGCAGAGGCAGCAGAAAACAAACGAGAUGAAAGCAGUGCAAAGCAAGAACUAAAAGAUUUCAGGAAUCUGCUGUAAAAUCCAAACAAACAAACAAAAGUCCCUUAAUGCUAUGGUAGAGCUGUUGCAUGCUCAACUUAAGAUGAG